GGAUAAGAAGUCCUUCCCUUCUGUGCUCUGAUUGGCCACCGCGCAGUGAGGCUCACUUUCUAUUCGGCUACUUCACAACAGGUAAAAAGCUACCUGAUUGACAGAAGGUGGGUUCGGGAUAAGACGCACACCUGGACUCGAGCAGGAUGGCAAGCACAGGACUGGCCGUGAGCGGCCCGAGCUCAGAGGACAGGGUGGUUUUUACGCAGCUGAAGCCUGUGCGGAUGUCGAGCGCAGACGGAACGGAGGAUUCGUCCGUGUUUGAGGACGUCAAACCCACGGAUCUUGGCCCAGGGUUCAGGUGUGUGGUUCGAUCUUCUACUGAAAUAAAGACAUCGUGCUCGGAGUGGCCACUUUGGACUGAUACCGGGACCAGCCAAAGUCACCGUCCAGUGCCAAUUAACCCAAUGGAGAUGGAUAAAUAUUUGCUCCAACAAGGGCCACCGUCCCAAACUCUUACAGACAAAAAGUACCGUCGUGAAAGCGCGUCCGUCGUGGACGAGUACUUUGCGGACGAAAAGCCCGCUCCCUACAGCCUCAACAUCAACCUCAUCCUACCCAACACCACCCAUCUUCGCACGGGGUUGUACCGCCCGACCAAACCCGUGUCUCAGAUCAAAACAGAGCCUGGCCUAGAGACGUCCUGCAACAUCCAGACGCUCCCCAACUUCACGUCGGUUUUCAGCGUGCCGCAGACAGUCGACAACCUGUUCGUUAAACCCAACAUGACCACCGCCGACGAGCUCCACAUCGGCCCGCAGCAGCCGCAGGUCUACCAGAUGGCCAUCAGCAGCAGCAACCUCGCAUCCAUGACUUUCUCCAAUAGCCAGCAGGGGAACGGAGCAGGCAGGACCAUGCUCAACCUGAACGCCGUUGCCUUGACAACACCAUCAGGUGACUUUGUGAUACCUGAACACUUCUACCAGCAAGCGCAACCUGACAGCCUGCCGCCUUCGCCCCCCAACUCGCAACCGGGAAGCCCAGAGAAUCAAGCCGAGCUGAUUAACAUGGUUCCUCCUCCUCCGCCUUAUCAGACCCAAAUGGGAUUAAAGGGGGCACAGAUGACCCCUCACUCUGUGCUGAUGACUCAGGGACAGGGCGUCCUCACCGGCCCCAGGUACAACCGAAGGAAUAACCCCGAACUGGAGAAGAGAAGAAUUCACCACUGCGACUUCCCAGGAUGCACCAAGGUUUACACAAAAAGCUCCCACUUGAAAGCACACCAAAGAACACAUACGGGCGAGAAGCCGUACCGCUGCACUUGGGAAGGAUGUGAUUGGCGUUUUGCCCGAUCAGAUGAACUCACGAGGCACUACAGAAAGCACACGGGAGCCAAACCCUUCAAAUGCGUCGCGUGCAACCGAUGCUUCUCACGCUCGGAUCACUUGGCGCUUCACAUGAAGAGGCACCAAAACUGAGUUGCUGUCCACAAGAAAAAAAAAAACUUUUUAAUAUCUGUAUCAUUAAAUAUAUAUUUGAUGUCUUCGACCAGAUCAAAUAUGUUUCUCUUUAAAAAAAAAAAAAAAAAAAAAAAAAAGAACUGCCAAUUUCAGCCUGACCACCAUUUUUUUUUUUUUUUUUUAGCCCUAGGAUUAGAUUAAAGAUUAAAGGAAGGAAGACUCGACUCGACACGUCUUUGGAGCGGGAUCGUCAGAACUAGGUUGAUUAUUUUGUAGAUUGUUUUUGUGCGACUGUAUAUAUAUAUUUGUAUGCACUUGAGUGCUCUGUGUAUAAAUAGUUGUGAAAUCUGUAGCCGACAUCUUCGGCGCUCUGGUUCGGAAAGCGAUCCCGUGCUGUUUUCUAGCAGAAACGCUUCUAAAGAACAGGUUUGGCGUUAAAUUCGAUCGUAGCGUCUGUGGAAUUUCCCGAGUUAAUACGACAGGAUAGCUGACUGCUUUGUAACCUACGCUGUUUAGAUUGGGAUCUUUUUCCUCCAGCUCUUGUAGAAGAAUCUGAAUUUUAUUUGCUAAGGAGUCGAGAGUACAGAGUUGAGUAAUGUUUGCUUUUCUCAGACUUUGGUAUCCAUGGAAACAAACCAUUUUAUGAGUAGCUUGAGCAAGAAAGGAGGUCCGCUCUGCCGGAUCAAUGGCUUCUUCUCGCCGUAUAAUGUUAAGUGGAUUGUACGUUGCAGGAUUUAAGACGAGUAGUUAAACAUGCUAAAUGUCCCUGUAUUAAUUAUUGACAGGCUCUGUGACGUUCGAGCCGAAAUCGCUCAAAGCACCGACGAUACAUGUGCCAAAUUAUUAUUAUUAAAGACAGAGAGAGAGAGAGAGAAUUUUUUUAUGUGAAAGGAAACUCAUUGGAGCAUUUCAUCAGCUGUGUUGAGUGUUUAUUGACUGUAAUACGGAACAAUAACAGAAGAACAAAUCUCAUCCAUACACUCGAACCAGAGCGCUUUGAACCCUACUGCUCGUCUUUAUUAUCUCUUUAUUCUAAGCACUUCGUCCUUCCUGGCUGUGUGUGUAUAUCUCUGUGUGUAUGUGUGUGUAUGAGUGUGUGUAUGUGUGUGUAUAAGUGUGUGUAUGUGUGAGUGUAUGUGUGUGUGUGUCAGUGUGUGUGUGUAUGUGUGUGUAUAAGUGUGUGUAUGUGUGAGUGUAUGUGUGUGUGUGUGUGUGUGUGUGUGUAUGUGUGUGAGUGUGUGUGUAUGUGUGUGUAUGUGUGUGUGCCUGUGUGUGUGUGUGUGUGUUUGUGUGUAUGUGUGUGUAUGUGUGUGUAUGUGUGUGUGUGCAUGUGUGUGUGUGUAUGUGUGUGUGUGUGUGUGUAUGUGUGUAUACAGUAUGUGUGUGUGUAUAUGUGUGUGUGUGCGUGUAUGUGUGUGUGUGUGUAUGUGUAUGUGUGUGCGUGUGUGUAUGUGUGUGUGUGUAUGUGUGUUUGUUUGUGUUUGUGUGUGUGUGUAUGUGUGUGUGUGUGUGUGUGUGUGUAUGUGUGUUUGUUUGUGUUUGUGUGUGUGUGUGUGUGUGUGUGUGUGUGUGUGUGUGUGUGUGUGUGUGUGUGUGUUUGUUUGUGUUUGUGUGUGUGUGUGUGUGUGUGUGUGUGUGUGUGUGUGUGUGUGUGUGUGUGUGUGUGUGUGUGUGUGUGUGUGUGUGUGUGUGUGUGUGUGUGUGUGUGUGUGUGUGUGUGUGUGUGUGUGUGCGCGCCCCGUGUACAUUACCUUUAGGGGAACUCAGAAGCACCUGUACAUAAUGUAGUUAACGUGUAAAUAUUUGUUCUCUUUUAAGAUUUUCUUUUUAUCACGAACAAACGGGGAGUUGUUUUAAAAAGGGACGAGUUCGUCUUACGCAGAUGAACACCAAUCAUUUUGUAUUUUAUUUGAAUAAUGAAAUUCUCAAAAAUAAAAACAAAUCUGAAAUAAAAAAGAAAUGAAAAGCUGAA